AAGGUCCCAUCCCAAGAAACGUGUCCCACGCGCCACGCCGUCGGUUUCCAGGGCAACCCGGAGCCUCUCCGCAAUCCCGCGCGCAACUUGGGUACUUUCCUGGCGCCCCCAGCCUGGCCAUGACGGCCGCGGGUCCCAGCGUCUUCCUACUCAUGGUCAACGGGCAGGUGGAGAGCGCCCAGUUUCCGGAGUAUGAUGAUCUCUACUGCAAGUACUGCUUUGUGUAUGGCCAGGACUGGGCCCCCACGGCGGGUCUAGAGGAGGGCAUCUCACAGAUCACGUCCAAGAGCCAGGAUGUGCGGCGAGCGCUGGUGUGGAACUUCCCGAUUGACGUCACUUUCAAGAGCACGAACCCCUACGGCUGGCCGCAGAUCGUGCUCAGUGUAUACGGACCAGACGUGUUUGGGAACGAUGUGGUCCGAGGCUACGGGGCAGUGCACGUGCCUUUCUCACCCGGCAGGCACAAAAGGACCAUCCCCAUGUUUGUCCCCGAAUCCACGUCUAAACUGCAGAAGUUUACGAGCUGGUUCAUGGGACGCCGGCCCGAGUACACAGACCCCAAGGUGGUGGCCCAGGGUGAAGGCCGAGAAGUGACCCGCGUGCGCUCACAGGGCUUUGUCACUCUCCUCUUCAAUGUGGUGACCAAGGACAUGAGGAAGCUGGGCUACGACACUGGGCCUCCUGACACACAGGGCGCCACGGGGCCCAGCCCGCCCCAGGGCAUCCCCCGGUGAAGGCCCCCACUGGGCCACGGCCACAGCCACUGAAUUUGGCCAUGCCGCCGCCAGAGAACGCAGGGCUGUCCUGGAGAGCUGGCCAGGGAUCCAGCUGCUUGAUGUGCAGCCUCGGGGGGGCUAGGAGGGUGGGGGCAGAUUUUUAUAUAAUAAAGCAUCACCUUUCCCCAGA